GUUACGUUACUCCUGGGAGGAAAUACCCUACGUUUUGCUGAAUGGGUCACCAUUCACUGACAAGGUGCAUGUGACCCCGUUUCCAAAGAAGGCUAAACUUGAGGUCCCAAAGUUCACCGGCAAAGAGGACCCAUAGAUCCAUAUCAAAACUCUCCACCAAAGUGGAAGGAUGAUGGGACUCACCGGAGAUGAGAAGUGUUUAUUUUUCUUUCAAACCCUUCGCGGCCGGGCCGCUGAGUGGUUUCACAACCUCCCCUCCGGUGAGAUUGACUCUUUUGAUGAAUUGGGAGAAGUAUUUCAAGAGAAAUCCAAAGAAAAUUGUACCAAGAGGAAAAAACUUACCUACUUGAGUACAGCCGGGCCGAGGGAGCAUGAGGAUCUGACCAAGUUCCUCACUCGGUGGAAGGAUGAAGUUGACAAAGUCGAGGAGAUGGACGAUAAAACCGCCAUGUCCCUCCUGGUCUCCAGACUCCGGUCCGGGGAGUUGUACAAGGAAUUCUGUAGAAGGCCUCCUCAAUCUAACCAAGAGGCCUACAACACGGCCUGGGACUAUGCGAAUGCUGAAGCCCAGGUCUCCUCCAAGAGGGAAGCUGAGCAAGGUCCCCAUAGGGGAAGGAGUGCGGUAAAGAAGGAAAUUGAUUUACCCGGUAGGAUAAAAACAGAAGUAUUGGAGGUGAAAUCGGAGAAGAUGGAAAGGAAACCAACCGGGGAGAAGCAGUGGACGGAAAAAUACUGCUCUUUCCACAAAACUGACACCCAUAACACAGCCGAGUGCAAGAGACAAGCGGCUGAUCAAAACAAGAAAAAGAAAGCGGCCGGUAAGGAACAUGUAAAGAUGAUCUAUGGUGGACCAGAGGGAGGAGAUUCUGCUUCUCAAAGGAAGAAGUGGGGGCGUGAACUCUAUGUGGGUUCAAUUGUCUUUGACCCUCGGCGGAAGCAAACCAGGCGGGAGCCGAUCACUCUUACCGACCAGGAUCUUCCCAGCACCGGGGAAGACCACAAUGAUCCUCUAGUCAUAACCAUGGACAUGGGUGGGGAGGUUGAAAAAGACGAAGACCGGUCAAGGUUGGAACCGGGCGAAGAAACAGAGGAGAUUGUUCUCCGGGAGGCAUUCCCGGAAAAAAUGGCUAGGAUUGGACGGGACUUACCGGAAGGACUUCGAGAAGAGAUCAUCUCAGUCCUCCGGGAGUAUGUCGACAUAUUCGCCUGGAGUGUGGCGGAUAUGCCAGGCAUUGAUCGUUCUAUUAUCUGCCACCGGUUGGCUGUAAUAGAAGUAGAAGUACUGACUGACCAGCCACUUGGACCGAUCCUCCGCAGCUCAACUUCUUCGGGAAGAAUGAUCAAGUGGGCGAUGAUUCUCACCAAGUUCAAAAUAGAUUACAAACCUCGAACUGCGAUAAAGGGUCAGGCCCUAACCGACUUCCUGGUUGAACUGACCAGUCUGGAACCUGAAGCGAGACCAUCCUAUACGGUCGAACCGUGGUGGGACAUGGCCGUUGACGGUGCUUCCGGGCCAAAAGGUUGUAGGGCUGGGAUAGUCUUCACUACUCCUGAAGGAUUCAAGAUUUUCCAUGCCCUGGUGUUUAGCUUCAAGCUCACCAACAAGGAAGCGGAGUAUGAGGCACUAGCCGGCAGGCUUAGAUUGGCCCGAGACUCGGAUACCCCGGUCGGAAACAUUGAUGCUGAUAUGCUUUCCAAAUUGAUGCAAUCUUGCCCGGAGCAUGUAUCAAAGUUGGAAAAAAUUGAGAUACUAGACCUACCAAGCAUCGACCGGCUAGAAGUCGCGGCUGUCCAAGAGGACCAAAGCUCGCCGGUCGGGGUGAUUGAAGCGUACGAAUGCUGGAGGUACGAUCUCAUGGAAUAUUUGAUGACCGGCCAGAAACCAGACGACGAGGAAAGGGCCAGGAAGGUAGUCUUGCGAGCCCCCUGGUUUCAAGUUUUAGACGGACACUUAUACAAACGCACUAUCGGAGGACCUUUGCUGCGCUGCCUCACCAACCCGGAGGCAGAACGGGUUAUAGCUGAGGUGCACGAGGGUGUCUGCACUGCCCACGAGAUGUCCCGUACACUCGCCCAAAGAAUACUUCUACUUGGUUAUUACUGGCGACCAUCGUCCAAGAUUGCGAGAGAGUUCCCAACAUUUAGAGAAGCCGUGUAUCAACCCGGACAAAACGAGGCUGAUCACUUGGCCGAAUUAAAUUUGGUUGAAGAAAGAAGAACGAUGGAUGCCGUCAGAAUGGCCGGGUACCAGCAAUCUGUGAAGAGAUAUCAUGAUAACCGGGUUGGUCCGCGUUAUUUCCAAGUGGACGAUGAAGUCUUACGAAGAAGAGAUGCAAGUAAGCCGAACGAAAGAGACAAGCUAGUGCGCAUUAGGGAUGUGGUGCUCAUCUACGUUAACCUCAUUGCAAAAGGGGCAUAGUGCCGGAAUGAAGAUCUUCAACUUUUGAAGGAGCAGCUGGUUUGCUUUGGCAUGUGAUCUAUUGUGGAAAGAUAGGCUUUUUGAAAGCUGUAGGGUCCUUCAUUCCAAGUAAUUUCAUCCUGGGUGAUUGUGCAAAAAGGAAGAGUUCUUGGGACAAUUUUACAUAUUGCUUUCCAUGUGUAGGAGUCGUAAAGCUGUGGUCUGUAU